GAGGAGGCGGAGGCGGCGGCGCAGCUAGAGGCGGCGGCGGCGGAGGCGGCGGCGCCGGGGGGGGUGGGAGGGGGGGGAGCGCGAGAGCGAGUGAGCGGCUGAGAGAGUUUACCCCGAUGAGGCGGUGAGAGGCCCGGGGCCUACCUCAGCGGAGCGGGCUCGCGGCGCCAGCUAGCAGCGGGCCCCCUCCCGGUCCCCGGGCCCGGCGGCGCGGCGGCUGCUUGGUUGUGAGGAGGCGGGGAAGCGAGUGUCCGGCCCCAGCCAUGGAGGGUAUGGACGUGGACCUGGACCCCGAGCUGAUGCAGAAGUUCAGCUGCCUGGGCACCACGGACAAGGACGUGCUCAUCUCCGAGUUUCAGCGAUUGCUCGGCUUCCAGCUCAACCCGGCCGGCUGCGCCUUCUUCCUGGACAUGACCAACUGGAACCUACAAGCAGCAAUUGGCGCCUAUUAUGACUUUGAGAGCCCAAACAUCAGUGUACCCUCCAUGUCCUUUGUUGAAGACGUCACCAUAGGAGAAGGGGAGUCGAUACCUCCUGACACCCAGUUUAUAAAAACGUGGCGGAUCCAGAAUUCUGGGGCAGAGGCCUGGCCUCCAGGGGUUUGUCUUAAAUAUGUCGGGGGAGACCAGUUUGGACAUGUGAACAUGGUGAUGGUGAGAUCGCUAGAGCCCCAAGAGAUUGCAGAUGUCAGCGUCCAGAUGUGCAGCCCCAGCAGAGCAGGAAUGUAUCAGGGACAGUGGCGGAUGUGCACUGCUACAGGACUCUACUAUGGAGAUGUCAUCUGGGUCAUUCUCAGUGUGGAAGUGGGUGGACUUUUAGGAGUCACGCAGCAGCUGUCAUCUUUUGAAACGGAGUUCAACACACAGCCACAUCGCAAGGUAGAAGGAAACUUCAACCCGUUUGCCUCUCCCCAAAAGAACCGACAAUCAGAUGAAAACAACUUAAAAGACCCUGGGGGUUCCGAGUUCGACUCGAUCAGCAAAAUCACAUGGGCUCCUGCUCCUGACCAAACCGAGCAAGAUGAGAAUAGACCCUCAGAGAACUCUGUAAAUCUGUCCCCCAGCAGUCACGCAAACAACUUAUCAGUAGUGACUUACAGUAAGGAAUCUACUGUACCCUAGGAGAUGGCCAUGAGCAAGCUCUCUGUCUGCCAGCAUGUCACCUGGAUUCUAGCACACUUGCUAGUACAUGAUAUCUUGGGGGUUAGAAUUUCAAAUAGUAAAUAGCCUUUUCUGAAGUCUUUAAUGAAAGGGGAAGUCGAACUUAGCCAAUAUCCUUCAUCCCCUUGUAGGAUUUUCAGUAAUACAGUUUCAUUCGCAGUGAUGUUUGAGUUUUAUUCUUUAUGGUGAUUUUCUUGAUCUGUCAGGAGGUAGGUGAAGGCUCUGAAAGCUUAGUCCUAGGGAGCUUGGGAGGAUGGGAGGAUGAAUGACAGAGGAAGAAUGAGGGAUGCAUGAUGGAAGGAAUGGGUGGGUGGGUGGCUAGAGGGAGGAUGGAGAAGGUCCCCAGUAGGAUUGUAGAAGUUAGUUAAGAGCAACAGAAAAACUGUCUUAUUGAGGUAAGUAUAAAAAAUGCUAUACAGGGCUUUUUAAAACACGAGUUCACCAUGCUUAAAACUGAGUUAAGCUUUUAAGCACAACUUUGACGCAGAAGGCUGUGAACUGAGCCUAUCCCAUGAGCAGUUUUCAUGCAUAAAAGUACAUUUGUUUUCUUUUCUUUGGCUGAUUCUCACACUUGUCUUCAGCCACUGCAUCAAAUACAUCUUUGAGAUUUUGAGGACUGUCACAUGAAUGUGGCUUGAACACCAAGGUUAAAGCAUCCACAGAAGUUCCCGUCAUGCUGGUCUGGCCCUGCUGUCCCGCCAGCGAGCCACCUCGAGUGGUCAGCACCUCUUAAGGGAAAGGCCUUGCUUUGUGUGCUCCUGAGAGAGGAGUCCUCACUGCGCUGCCUGUUGCGGCAGUACAGACUUGACUUCUAAUUAACGAGGGACGAAUAGCUUCCAUCAGGGCUUGGUCAGUCUCUGGCCUUCACCAGCCAAGCCAGGCCCGUGACAGGGCCUCCCUGCAGCAGAUCUGCAGUGCAGGAUCAGAACAGAACUUAGUACUAAACUGUGUAUUCAUCUGUGUUUGCAUUCGGGGCACAUAAGCAAUACAAAAGAAGUGCUAGGUGGGCAAAGCGUUGACUACGGCUGGCCCGGGAAGAGAGAGGAGGGCCCAGUGGCGUUAUCUGAUGCUCCAUCAGUACACAGAGCGAGACCAUGCUGUUUCACAGCCGUGCAGCAAACACGCUUGCCUUUUUAUUAACCAGCAUGAACCUUUUUAUUUAUUUAAAUCAAAUCACAAACAAAAUAAAGACAGGUAUGUGAAAGUUUUUGUGUUGUGAUGCUUUGUCUAAACCAGCUCUCAUAUAGAAAGAGUAACCCCAAAAGCCCUCAUAAGACAUCCUUGUUUCAUUAGGAAUUUUAAUCUUUCUUUCUCCCCUGGAAGGUUAAACAGAUGGCUCAGCAAUGCAGAGUAUUCCACGGUUCAUUCAUUCAUUUUACUGACACCUGGGUCUUAACUGUAUGCCAGGCACAAAUAAGUGGCAGAAACAGGUUCUACCAUCUUGAAAGGGUGACUUUCUCUUCUAAUAGCACGAUCUUCCUACUGAUAAACAUCAAUAAGUAUUCCAGCUGAAACAAAACUAGUUUCCUGGGGUUUUUGGUACUCCUUUUUAGAAAAGUUAUUUUGAUUUCUGUGUAAUUUUAGGAAGAAUUUAAAGAUAUUGUAGGUGCCCAUUCACAUAAAAUCAGUGAAAACCAAAUCACUGAUUUUAUCAACCAUUGUGAAAAACAAAUCAUAGAGAUAAUUUUAUUUUUAGUUUUGCUUUGAGCCCAGGCCCACAAGUACUAGAUCUUAAGUUGUCCUUUCAGAAGAUUGUGAUGAAUGAAACUGAGCUUGUCUGUUUAUGUCUACAAGUGUUCUCUUUUAAAAAUAUUUUAGGAGGUUAGCCAAAUUUUGGCUCACAAUGGUUAUUACCUUUCAGAAGCACAGUCCAGCUGGCCUGAGGCCAGAGUCUCUUCCCAGACGCCCACGAGCAGGGAGGCCCCUCUCUCUGUCUUAGCUGGCUAGUGUGGGCCUCGAGCAGUUUAAGGGGACUCACCUGCCCCAUUGCCAGUAGAAUUGAGGUCCCAGGGCUCACAGCCAUGACAGUGUCCAUCGCAAAGCUUAGGGAAGACUGAGGCAAACAGGCAGCACCUCAACACCUGUGGACCUAAAGUCUGCCACUCCUUCGUCAGGAAUGCUUUCUGGUCCCUUCGCAGAUGUGGGGCCUCUCCCAAGAAAUGCAGCCCUUGAAAAGCCAUUUCUGUGCAAGUUGGUCCUGGGGGUUUUUAGACCUGGAGAGGCGGAUAGAGGAGUUCUUCUCUGGGUUUUGUCAUUCACACCCUCUAUUAGUAUGCCUAAAUCCAGCCUUGCUGCUAGUGAUGUGGGGAGAGAUGAAUCCUCAUAGAGAGGAGGGUAACUUGCAUCAAACUCAGUGAGGUUUGUAAUCAUGCUGUGAUGACCUCCUUCUCUGCUUGUUGGAGUUUAACUCUGGGCUCUGUGGUACCAUCUGAUGCAUCCAUCCCUUGAUCUGUUUUCCUUAUUAGUGGCACAGAGGCUGUAGAGGAGAUGUCAGGGACGCCAGGCUAAUGAAAAUAUUUGGCAUUUGCUUUUCCCAGGGGUAACAAGUUGAAGAGCGGCUAGGUCUCGGGAGAGAGGGAACACUUACCUAUAUUACCAAACCCUACUUUUAGACUGGCGUUGGAGACAUUAGCCACCAGAACCUGUUACACGGGGUCUUGGAACUCCAGUGGAACCUGAAAUGUGGAUGGGGCCCUCGUUUCGAAUAUACCUCCAUCCCACUCUUAGGAAAGGCACUUCCUGCUCGGCCUUCUGCCAUUGGACACCCUGGACAAGCUGUUCUUGUAAUCUCUGCCAGGCUUCUCCUCUGUGACUGGGGUUGCAUUGCUGUGUUCUGUGACCCACUUGUGAUGCCUGUAAUCCUGCUUGUGGGGAGUCUAGAUGAUCAAGUAGUGUUGAAAUAGACUCAGCUCCCUCUCUCUUCCUUGAAGCGAUAGUAGUUAAUCUGGGGGGGGGAAGGAAGAUCGAGCUUGUUCUUCAAGCCAUGUUUUUGCACUAAUUAAACGUCAACAACUCCAAUAUGCCAUUCUCUGGAUGAAAGGGAAUUAGGUGGCAUUUUUCUUUCCAAAAGGCACACAGCACCUCAUUCAGUAAAUAGGGGGUCAACGAUAAUUCUUAAUCUAAGCUAGUUAAAUACCACACUGCAUAUUCUAAGGACCAGAGUCUUCAAGUGGAAAUCUGAAAAUGCCUAUAUCUUUACUCCUCUCUCUGCCACUUUAUCUGUAAUUAGGAACGUGCAACCACUCCUUGGCAAAGUCAUCAACUCCCUUCUCCAAACAUUCCAGACAAGUCAAAAGGCUAGUGCUUGCUUUAUAAAGGCCCACAUGAAGUGUGUGAAGCUUCCGUCUAGAAAGUAGUCUAAUUUAGGGUAAAAGGGAAAAAAAAUUCAUGGAGGACGAAAGCGUGUGUGCUUUUCAGGGUUUCUUCUCUCUGUGCAUGCUUUCCUGCACGAAGCCCUUUGAGCCUUGUGUUGGUUCUAAAUCUUAUGGGGAUCUACGCCUUUGUCAUUCUCCUAGGAUUGUUGUUCAUGAGUGAACGUUGUCCGGAAGUACUGAGGGCAGCGUGAUUUAAGCUGCUUUAAUUUCCACCUCUGGGGCGUGUGGCCCUCCAGCCAGGCCCGCACCAUGAGGUCUGAGAGCCCUUAGCUCGUCCUGCCCACACUUGGCCGAGUGGAUGGGUCUGUGACCACCGAGGUAGUGACAGCCUCCACUCGCCUGCUGGCAGCACAGAGAAUUGGGGACUGGCAGACAUGGCAUUUUAACCACCGCCGCUCCGCUCACCAGCUCUGUGCUCUCAGUCAGGUUACUGCCUCACUUCUGUGAGCUUGGAGAGCAUGCUUAGCCCAGUUUAUCUGUGUGAAAAUUCAGGAGAACAUUUUCACCUGCUCCAGCAGCACCCGGCACAUAGCUGAGGCUAUGUCGUUAUUGGCCUGUCUGUCCCCCAUUUUCACUCCUUCGGCAGUACCAUCAGGCAGCUCGAGACCUGUAUCUGAUCUCUUGAGGCUUUUUAUGGGGGAGGAAAUAAAAAGACAGAAAACAAUUUCAGUGUUUUCCACUGGGGGAUAAAAAAACCCCUGAAAACUAAAAACUUGAAUCUCAUGUUCCUUACUCUUGGUAGCUUUGACCUCUGGUCUAAAUAAGCAUGAUCAAAGGACUUUUUUUUUUUUCCUUAGAAUAUUGGUUUUCAGCCUCUUGAGUUAGGUACUUUGAGUCAGCUCCUAGAACCUUAAAUCUGUAAAUUUAAAGGAGCAGUCUGAGAUCCUUUGAGGGGAAGGGACUUUACUCAGGGCCACUUGAAGAGCUAAGCGGAAAAGCCAGGAGCAGAACCCAGAUCUCCUCCUGCUUCUGUGGAACCCGCGGCCCACCGCCUUGGGAACAAGUGCGAGCUAUGCGUCUCGAGCUAACUGCUCCCAGGGAGCCCCCCUCUCUGGGACUUAGGAGGCUGUGAUCAGACGGGUGCAUGACCCGGAUGCGUGUGUCCCCAAAUUGGGUGGCUGUUUAAAAACUUGGUAUAGAGGACUUCCCCAGUAGUCAGGUGGUUAAGGCUCCACCUUUCAAUGCAAGGAGCACAGGUUCAGUCCCUGGUCGGGGAGCUGAGACCCCACAUGCCAUACUGUGUGACCAAAAACAACAACAACAGGAAAAGCUUGGUUUGUAAAGGCCAGUAUUCUCAUGACUCAAAAGGGUCUGAUGCUCCAGGUAGUCGUCUGAGAAAUGCCUGUCUUCUUCUAGUUAUUAAUUCAGUAGUACUUCCUGGGCACCGACAAGUGCCGCUCAGGGACAGGUGUGCUGGAGAGAUGGCAGCAAACAAAAGGGGAUUCUGUCUGAUCAUUGGCAGCCCUGCAAGCAUGCACUUUUUUGCAUUUUUUCCCAAAGGAAAGUGUCCUUUUUUAAAACAAAAUCAGAUUCUAACCAUCCACGUCUUUAACAAGCUAAUGGUCCAAGGGCCCUGCUGCUUCUGAGUCAGCUUGGGGUGUCGGACCUUUUGUGAGGCUCGUUCCCAGUUACCUUUGCCCGCCCAGGUCUUGGCAUUGACCAGGUCUCUUCAAGGUGCACGCUCCAGGGAGUGGUGGAGUGGGGAGGCUCGGGACAUCCUCCAGCGAAUUCAUGCAGCUGUUUUGGGGUUGGCACCUCUUGGUGUCUCAUUCUUAACAUAAGGGAAAAGUGAGACUGUGGUGCUUUCUCCACCAGCCAAGCAGCAGAGAAAACGCCUUUGGGAAUUUGGAACAAACCUCAUCAUCACAUGGCCAGGGAGAGGCAAUGUGAAGAGAAUAAAGAUCAGACCUGGGCUUGGCUCUGGGCUCUGCCCUUUACUACCUACAUGACUUUGAACAAAUCUCCUCAUGUUUGCAGUCAGAUGGGCAUCGGUCAGAUGGGUAUAACAACACUCACCUGGCCUUUGGGGUGAGAGGUAAAGACAAUGUACGCCAAGCCCCUGCUGCCGUGCCUUUCCUAGGUGCCUGCUGGACGGCUACUGUUUCUGCUCCAGUGUCUGUGUGGUUGAUAUAUGUGUGUGUCAUCAGCCCACAGUAGCCUACAUCUGAGGUUAAGGUGCAGAAAGUGGUGUCCGAGGAUCUUUAGCAGAGAUGUAAGGCGUUGUCUAGAUGGAAGGAAGACUUUGUGACCUGGGUGGAGGGAAGUUGGUUCCAGUUGAUGUAGAAGUUGAGAGAUGAGGAGUCUGCCCACCAGCCUCCUCUCUCUUGGAUGUGUUUGAGGGAUGACACUCUGCACCUCGCACUCUGCGAUCUGUGGCCUCCUGAGGAUUUGCGUGGCAAAGUCAGCCCUCGAGCCAUGUUUGUGCCUCGGGGCUUGGCUUCUGGCUCACUGGGAACCGUGGGUUCUUUUACUUGGGUUGGUUGUCUCGUUGUCCCUGCUGUGUCCGCCACCACUGACUGUGUUCACUCUCUUCCAGGGGCUCCACGGGCCUUACCCCUUCGGCCAGUCUUAAACGGGUGUCAGCAA